UCGAUUACGCAAAAUGUGAAUCCAGUGAGUUGGGACUCUCGUGUCGGCAGUCUUUGCUUGACAGCCGGUUCCUCCAUUGUACAGAAUCGAUUUGAGGUUCCCCUCCUGUAUAACAGCUGUUAACAAACUGCCAGACUGUGCUAACCUCUCAAGAAGACAUUUGUGGAGCGAGAUAACCCAGCAACAUUAUGGGAAGCCCAGAGGAAGCUAAACCACUUCUGGCUGAAGAGCCUCAAGCAGUUUGCUACUGUCGCAGCCAAAAUGCUGCAUCAGCAAACGGUGGCACCAUCGGCCCUCACGCAAGUGAGCGUCCCUUAGAAGGAGAUUACGAGACGUCCAACCCUGGGACAAUCGCUAUUCCUGAAACGGAAGGGACCAAGUUCAGUUUCCGUAAGCUGUGGGCAUUUACCGGACCUGGUUUCCUUAUGAGCAUAGCCUAUCUGGACCCUGGCAAUAUUGAGUCCGAUCUCCAGUCCGGCGCCAUUGCAGAAUACAAACUGCUAUGGGUUUUGUGGUGGUCUACGGUUCUCGGUCUUGUUCUUCAGCUGCUGGCAGCCAGACUAGGCAAUGCAACAGGUCAUCACCUGGCCGAGAUAUGCCACCGAGAGUACCCCAUGUUUCCCCGCAUAGCCCUCUGGAUCAUGAUGGAGAUUGCUAUCAUAGGCUCCGACAUCCAGGAAGUGAUUGGCUCGGCAAUAGCAAUUAACCUCCUCUCAAACAACAAGAUUCCCAUAUGGGCUGGUUGCCUGAUCACCGGUAUAGACACAUUUACCUUUCUGCUUCUUGAGAAUGCUGGUCUCAGAAAGUUGGAAGCCUUCUUUGGUCUGCUUUUGACAACCAUGGGACUGUCCUUUCUUUAUAUGUACAUCACAGUGAAGCCUGACCAGAUAGCCAUUCUGGAAGGCAUAGCCAUCCCCUGGUGUUCCAAUUGUAGCCUGGCAGCCACACAGCAAGCCGUCGGUAUUGUCGGUGCCGUCAUCAUGCCCCACAACAUCUAUCUUCACUCUGCUCUUGUAUUGUCCCGCAAAGUACUUCACAAUAGGAAAGACAAGGUUAAAGAGGCCAACAAGUAUUACUCUAUUGAAUCAGCCAUCGCCUUGUUCAUGUCGUUCCUGAUCAACCUGUUUGUGGUGGCUGUCUUUGCUGCGGCAUUCUACGGCAAACCAAACCCUAGUCUGAAAACUGCUGGUGAGUGGAUUUAUAGGAAAUAUGGCGAAGGCUUGAAAAUAAUCUGGGGCAUAGGCUUGCUGGCUGCAGGCCAAAGUUCGACUAUGACGGGAACCUAUGCUGGGCAGUUUGUCAUGGAGGGCUUCUUAAAGAUCCGUUGGCCCAAAUGGCGGCGUGUGCUACUGACGCGCUCCAUCGCCAUUAUACCCACUAUAUUUGUCUCAGUGUUUGCUGUGGGGACGUUGGACGUCCUCGAUAACCUCCUUAAUGUCCUUCAGAGCAUCCAGUUGCCAUUUGCCCUUCUGCCUGUCCUGCAUUUCACCAGCAGCAGACGGAUCAUGGGAGAUUUCAAGAGUGGCAGGAUCACCAAGUUUAUUGUCUGGUGUCUCGGCAUCUCCAUCAUGGGCAUCAACUUCUAUCUGGUCUAUCAAGAGAUAGAAUCCACUCCAGCUUGGGUGUAUGUCGUCGUGAGUCUCAUUGGUGCUGUAUAUGCAUUUUUUGUUGGUUAUUUGGCAAUUGGGACAAAGAGUGCCUACAGACUACAGUACUAUCUCCUUUCUUUGAUUAAACGGCGGCCAGAAAUCGGCGUCUUUGAAUGGGUGUGCAAUAGGCCUGUGUAUGUACAGACGCCUAUCGGUGCGGACUGCCCAAUAGAGGCACAAGAAAACGCAGCACCUUCAACUGUCACCCCGCAUUCGUCUUGUGUAGAAAAUAAUAUUGAAGUGGCUGUGUCAAAGGAUGCUGUGUGAUUCACGAUAGAAGCUAAGUCACCUAUUGGCAUUUCUCACUCUACAGAAGUAGAUUUUGUAAAAAUUCGACCAGCUUCAAUCUUGUUGUUAUUGAGUACGUGUAUUGAAAUGUGAACAAAUUAUAAAAUGCUCAUAAUCUUCUACAUUGAGGUUGGUUAGGGUCAAGAUUUUGGAUAUAUGUAUCGUUAGUGGGUAAUUGAAAAGGAGUUUUAAUUCUUCGUGUUAAAACCCUGUCCGUGUGUGUUCAAUUUUUGUUGAUGCAGAUUGUUGAUGAUUAAACCAUAUACAAAAUCAGUUGCAAUAAUGCACACAAUGUACAUUAUGAUCGCUAUCAUAGCUUCUCACGUCUAGGAGUAUCUCCAGCCACUAUUUAGAAAGAUUUAAGAUACCAACAAUACUUCUUGCCCUGUUGAAAAUUUCUAUUCCUUGUAAAUUUUUUAAUGAAUAAUUCACUUUUUUGAGUUGUAAGAUUUCUGUUGCUUUUCGUUUGAAUCUGCUUGUAAUUACUCCCAUUUAAACCAAGAGGAAAUUCUCCCUUCCUUUUCAUGAAUUUUGCAUUCGAUUAUUCAAAUUUGGAAAAUAAUAUUCUAGUAUUCGAUAAUU